AUGCCGUGGAGAAACCAAGGAUGGGGUCUUUCAAGAAGAGGAGCUCCUCCAAGAACCUGAGGUACUCCAUGACCAAGAGAAGGAGAAGUAGCAAAGUGAUGUCCGUGGAGAUCGAAGACGUGCACGACGCCGAGGAGAUGAAAGCCGUUGACGCCUUCCGCCAGGCGCUCAUCCUCGACGAGCUGCUCCCGGAGAAACACGAUGACUACCACAUGAUGCUCAGAUUUUUGAAGGCUAGAAAAUUCGAUCUCGACAAAACCAAACUGAUGUGGACCGAAAUGCUUCGAUGGAGGAAGGAGUUUGGUGCUGACACUGUCGUGGAGGAGUUUGAUUUCAAGGAAAUUGAUGAAGUGUUGAAGUACUACCCUCAAGGGCAUCACGGAGUUGACAAGGAAGGACGACCUGUGUACAUUGAGAGGCUUGGUCUAGUGGACUCCACCAAGUUGAUGCAAGUCACCACCAUGGAUAGGUAUGUCAACUACCAUGUCAUGGAGUUUGAGAGGACCUUCAACGUUAAGUUCCCUGCGUGCUCCAUCGCAGCAAACAAGCACGUUGAUCAAAGCACAACUAUUCUUGAUGUCCAAGGAGUGGGACUCAAGAACUUCAACAAGGCUGCUAGGGACUUGAUCACUCGUCUUCAAAAGGUGGACGGUGACAACUAUCCCGAGACAUUUAAAGUCCUUUUGGCUCAGACCUUGAACAGGAUGUUUAUCAUCAACGCUGGCUCAGGAUUCAGAAUGUUGUGGAACACGGUUAAGUCUUUCCUUGACCCAAAGACUACAGCAAAGAUCCAUGCAAGUAUUCAAACCUUUUCCUGUUUAGUUUUUUUCCUGAAUGAAGAUAGUGUUCUUGGCAACAAGUACCAAAGCAAGCUGCUUGAGAUAAUUGAUGAAAGUGAACUCCCUGAGUUUCUUGGAGGUUCCUGUACUUGUGCUGACAAUGGGGGUUGUAUGCGCUCUGACAAAGGCCCCUGGAACAAUCCUGAGGUCAUGAAGAGGGUUAACAAUGGUGAUCACAAAUGCUCAAAGAGAUCCCAAGCUGAAAAAUGCGCAGAGCAGACCAUCUCUGAGGGAAAUGAAUAUACAACAGAGCCGGCUCCUGAAGAGGAAAAGGCUUCGUCACAGCUCUCUCCCUGUGAAAUUGUCCCGAUUGCUCACCCAGCCUGGAACAUGCCUGAAGCUAAAUUUUCCCUCUCGAAAAAGGAAGUUUAUGCGAUUCAAGAGGCGUGCAACAACGCUACCACUGACGGAGGGAGGUCUCCCAUCUUCACGGGCGUCAUGGCUCUUGUGAUGGGUGUUGUAACCAUGAUCAGGGUGACUAAAAACGUGCCCAGGAAGCUAACCGAGUCAACCUUAUACUCAAGCCCCGUGUACUGCGACGAUGCCUCGAUGAACAAGAGCGCGAUGCAGUCAGAGAAAAUGACCGUGCCGGCGAUCUCAGGCGAAGAUUUCAUGGCCAUCAUGAAACGAAUGGCCGAGCUGGAGCAGAAAGUGACCGUCUUGAGCGCUCAGCCGACGACUAUGCCUCCGGAAAAGGAAGAGAUGCUUAACGCUGCCAUAAGCCGGUCCAAUGUGUUGGAGCAAGAGCUUGCCGCAACCAAGAAGGCCUUGGAGGAUUCUCUUGGUCGUCAGGAGGAGCUCGUUGCAUACAUCGAGAAAAAGAAGAAGAAGAAGAAGCUCUUCAACUACUGG